AGAGCACAGAGAGGAGGAGGAAGAGGAGGAGGAGAGAGAGCAGGCCACUAAAGGUAGCUUAAUCAUUGAACCAACAGCCUGAAUGACUUUAUCCCUAGACUACCAGGAAGUCUUCACAUCUUAACUCCUGGGAUAUGAACAGCCUGUGAGGUUACAGGUGGAAGAUCCAAAGCCGAAGUUUUUUUUUUUUAAAGAAAUCUUUUCUCUCCUUGGGAACGGAACCGGAUUUGCAGAAAAAUGUUUGCGGUACAUCUGCUGGCCUUCUAUUUCACCAAACUGAAAGAGGAUCAGGUCAAGAAGGUGGACAGGUUCCUCUAUCACAUGCGCCUCUCGGAUGACUCCCUGUUGGACAUGAUGGCUCGUUUCCAGGCCGAGAUGGAGAAAGGGCUGGGGAGGGACACCAACCCCACAGCCACCGUGAAAAUGCUCCCCACGUUCGUGAGGGCGAUUCCCGACGGCUCAGAGAAGGGGGAGUUUCUCGCUCUGGAUCUCGGUGGCUCCAAGUUUCGCGUCCUGAAGGUGAAAGUGUCAGAAGAUGGGAAGCAGACGGUCCAGAUGGAGAGCCAGUUCUACCCAACGCCCGAAGAGAUCAUUCAAGGGAACGGGCCGGAGCUGUUUGAAUACGUGGCUGACUGUUUGGUGGACUUCGUGAAGGCCAAAGACAUGCAGCACAAGAAAAUCCCUCUUGGCUUUACAUUUUCCUUUCCGUGCAAACAGACUAAACUGGAGGAGGGUGUCUUGCUUUCGUGGACAAAGAAGUUCAAGGUGCGAGGAGUUCAGGGUACUGACGUCGUGAGCUCCCUGACCACAGCACUGAAAAAACGCAAGGACAUUGACGUGGAUGUUUUGGCCUUGGUCAACGACACCGUGGGGACGAUGAUGACCUGUGCGUACGACGAUCCCCGCUGUGAAGUCGGAGUCAUCAUUGGUACCGGCACCAAUGCCUGCUACAUGGAGGACAUGAGCAACAUCGACCUGGUGGAAGGGGACGAGGGGAGGAUGUGCAUCAACACGGAGUGGGGGGCCUUCGGAGACGACGGCUCCUUGGAGGACAUCCGGACAGAGUUCGACAGGGAGUUAGACUUGGGCUCCAUCAAUCCGGGGAAACAACUGUUUGAGAAGAUGAUUAGCGGAUUGUACCUAGGCGAGCUAGUCAGGCUCAUCCUUCUGAAAAUGGCCAAAGAGGGUCUCCUGUUCGGUGGCCGGACGUCAACUGCUCUCCUCACUAAGGGCAAGAUCGAGACCCAGCACGUAGCUGCCAUGGAAAAGCACAAAGAAGGCCUCGGCAACACGAAGGAGAUCCUGAGAGAGCUGGGGCUGGAGCCCACGGAGGCGGACUGCGUGGCCGUCCAGCACGUGUGCACCGUCGUCUCCUUCCGCUCCGCCAACCUGUGCGCGGCCACGCUGGCGGCCAUCCUGACGCGGCUGAGGGAGAACAAGAAGGUCGCCCGGCUGAAAACCACUGUGGGCAUGGAUGGCACCCUCUAUAAGACCCACCCUCAGUUCCCCAAACGCCUGCACAAGGUGGUGAGGAGGCUGGCGCCAAACUGCGACGUCCGGUUCCUCCUGUCGGAGAGCGGCAGCGCCAAGGGGGCGGCCAUGGUGACCGCGGUGGCCUCGCGGGUGCAGGCCCAGAGGAAGCAGAUCGACCAGGUGCUGGCCAUGUUGAAGCUGAGCCGGGGACACCUGGUGAGCGUGAGGAACAAGAUGAGGGCCGAGCUGGAGUACGGGCUGAAGAAGGAGACCCAGCCCCUGGCCACGGUCAAGAUGCUGCCCACUUACGUGUGUGGGUUGCCCGACGGCACAGAGAAAGGCAAGUACCUUGCUCUGGAUCUUGGGGGUACCAACUUCCGAGUCCUCCUGGUGAAGAUCCGAAGCGGGCGGAAGUCGGUCCGGAUGUUCAACAAGAUCUUUGCCAUCCCCCAGGAGAUCAUGCAGGGGACCGGGGAAGAGCUUUUUGACCACAUUGUCCAGUGCAUCGCAGACUUCUUGGAUUACAUGGGCCUCAAAGGAGCCCGACUUCCCCUGGGCUUCACGUUCUCCUUCCCCUGCCGGCAGACCAGCAUCGAUAAGGGAAUACUUAUCGGAUGGACUAAAGGCUUCAAGGCAACGGACUGCGAAGGGGAGGAUGUGGUGGACCUGCUGAGAGAUGCCAUUAAGAGGAGAAAUGAGUUUGAGCUGGAUAUUGUGGCUGUGGUCAAUGACACAGUGGGGACGAUGAUGACUUGCGCCUACGAAGAUCCCGAGUGUGAAAUCGGGCUCAUCGCUGGAACGGGCAGCAACGUGUGCUACAUGGAAGAGAUGCGCAACAUCGAGCUGGUGGAGGGGGACACGGGGAAGAUGUGUAUCAACACCGAGUGGGGAGCGUUCGGGGACAAAGGCUGUUUGGACGAGAUCCGGACCCAGUACGACAGAGAAGUGGAUGAGGGGUCCCUCUACCCCGGAAAACAAAGGUACGAGAAAAUGACCAGCGGGAUGUACCUCGGGGAAAUCGUCAGACAGAUUCUGAUCGACCUAACCAAGAGCGGCCUUCUGUUCCGAGGACAGAUUUCCGAACGCCUGAGGACAAAAGGCAUUUUCGAAACCAAGUUCCUAUCCCAGAUCGAGAGCGACCGUUUGGCCCUGCUCCAGGUGAGGAGGGUCCUGCAGCAGCUCGGGCUGGACUCCACGUGCGAGGACAGCAUCGUGGUCAAGGAGGUGUGCGGCGCCGUGUCCCGGCGAGCGGCCCAGCUGUGCGGGGCGGGCCUGGCGGCCGUGGUGGACAAGAGGAGGGAGGACAGGAAACUCGAGCAUUUGAAGAUCACGGUCGGGGUGGACGGGACGCUCUACAAACUGCAUCCACACUUUUCCCGGAUCCUACAGGAAACAGUAAAAGAGCUGGCUCCUCGGUGUGACGUGACUUUCAUGCUGUCGGAGGAUGGGAGUGGGAAGGGGGCUGCCCUCAUCACUGCCGUGGCCCAGAGAAUGCAGCAGGAAAAGGAAAACUAAGAAAGAGCGAGACCACUUGGAAUGCGUACGGUCGAGAAUUACUGAACCCCCCUCCCCAUCUUCCCCUGGAAAACGAUUUGGCAAGUCGGAUAGCUAUGAGUAGGGAGGAUGUGUUGGCAAAUUGCACCCUCUCUUCUGCUGGGAGGAGGAAGGGUAUCUCAUUCCCUAUGCCCAUGAAUGAGCUCUCUGGCCUGGCAGAGAUUCAUUCAUUUAUUCAUUCAUUCAUUCAAGAUGGUGGGACUGCCCAAACUAGGGAUCCCUGCCACACGAUCAUCCCGGUUACAAAUUCUGGUCCUCUUGGAGAUAUCCUUUUAAUAAAUUUUUUUUUCAUCCUGGCCCCUGUAUGCUAAUGCAACCUAGUUUCUUGGCAUUUUUUGUAAGCUAGCACUGGAGAAGCGGCACGGCCUAGUAGAUAGAGCAUGGGCCUGGGAGU